AUGAGUCUUCCCAACCUACCUGCAUACUCUGGUGAUGUCACACUUUGGUUCGCUCAAUUGGAUGUGUAUUUUUCCGCCCAUGCGGUGCCUCACCAACAGCAGCUUAAUCUUUUAUACUGUGGGAUGCCUACACCCCUUGCACGCUCAGUGAAAGAUCUCAUCACUGACCCACAUCCGGACGCGACUUACAUGUCUGUCAAAUCUGAGGUUCUCUGUUGGAACACGCAAUCCGUGGAAAGUAAAUUCCGGACACUGAUGCAGGAUGAACAACUGGGAGAUAGGACGCCAUCUGAGUUUCUUCGUGAUUUACGUGAAUUCAGCAACACUCCACUUGAGGACAAUCCUCUGCUUAGGAAAUUGUUUUACUUUCGGCUACCGCCAAAUGUCCAAUCCAUACUGGCCACAACGAUCGACUCCAAUUCGCACGAUCAGAUAGCCACCAUGGCGGACAAGAUCAAAGUGUUCACUGUGCAGCCCGCACCUCACCAUACCUGUUUGGACACCGUAGUAGCUUCCUCUUCUACCACAAAGUCUUCUCCUUCAUCACAUGAUGACAUUUUGGCGAGAGUUGAUACAUUAGCACGUUGCAUAGACACAUUGUGA